AUGGCAGAAAAGCUGAAAUGUCUGCAAGGGCUCCGCGGAAUUUCCAUCAUUCUGGUGACCGUCUUCCAUCUCUUCCCUCUGCGUUUUGUCAACGGAUUUGUGGGCGUCGAUAUGUAAGUUGCAUUAAAAAUAACUGCGCAAACUUUCUCAUCCACAGAUUCUUUGUUCUUUCCGGAUACCUGAUGACCCGAAUUCUCACGAAAGGGCUUGGCUAUCAGUCUGUCAUCGAGUUUUACAAGAAGCGUUUCAUCCGAAUUGUGCCACUUUACUACUUGACGAUAUUGGCGACUAUCACAGGUUCCCACUUCUAUCCAAUAACACCUCUUCAAUAUUUUUGAAGGUGUGCUCUGCCUCGUUCUCAAAUCCGAAAGAUGCGAUUUCAUACAAGACGUCUUGUGGAGCCUCCCUCUCAUUUCCAACUUCCAGCCCAUUUUCGAGCACCACACGUACUGGCAACAGGUCUCCUCGAUCCGAUAUCUGACCCAUCUCUGGUCCCUUUGCACUGAACUCCAGUACUAUCUGAUCGCCCCGCUCAUCCAUUUCAUCGCUUCUCGCCUCGCUUUUCCCAACCGAAUUCUCGCGUAUUCCGUCGCGAUCGUCUCGUUUUUCUGCUUCCAAUUGCUCACUCCUUUCGAGUAUUCCUACUGUUUCCUGGCCUCUCGAGUCUGGCAAUUCCUUCUUGGAUCUGUGGCUUUUGAAUUGUCGAAACGGAGUGAUACUGUAUUGGAUGAACGCGUAGAAAAGAGGAAAAGGAUCAGAAAGCACUACCUGGUGGACAUAUUUCCCUUUUUCUUCACAGCAAUUCUUGUUAGUUCCCUUGUGUUUCAAUGGCUUUUCGGAGAGAAUGCUACACGGUCAGUGGACUGGACCUCUUCGAGUCUUCAAAAUCUCGCUUCCAUUUUUCAGAUUGACAGUUACAUUGGGUGCCGCUCUUUUCUGUUUCCUAGGUCCUCAACUGGAACAUUCGUAUUUUUCGUAAGUUGUUUGCCAUUCCAACAAACUCUUUUCUAACUUGUUUUCCAUGCCAGAAGCCCGCCGCUCGUGUUCGUCGGCGACCUUUCCUUUGUGAUUUAUCUACUGCACUGGCCAAUCAUAAACUUUGUCAAGUACAUCCAACAGAAAGAUCACACGGAACUCAAUUGGAUUGGUUGGUGCACUCGCAUUCUCUACCUAACUCAUGCAAAAACCUGUUUCAGAAGCUCUCGUCGCCGUUCUCCUCACAAUUUCACUUUCUCUGCUGACCCAUUACUUUUUGGAGGUGUCCUCGUUUAUCAUUCAACUAAACAAACUCCUCUCAUUCAUUUCAGAAAACGACCCUAAAUCUGAACUUUGUCACCAACUUCACUCUCUCCUUUUUCGUUCUCGGAUUGUGCUAUUCUAUGACCAAUUGGCUCCAACUUUAUCAGUGUCUUUCCUUGAAUUCUCUGCCGAAUUUCCUCCAAGAACGAGUGCAAUUCAACCUGAAUACCAGCAAUCUUCUUAUCAAUUUAUCUCGUCUUCCGUGCCACGUAAACGAGAAAAAAGCCAAAUUAUCGAUUGAUAUGUUUGGAAUUGAGUACUGCGCUCAUGUACGAUCUGAACUGACUGGCCGCACAAAAUGUAUGUGCUUUCAGAGAAGCAAUGGAACUGGAAAGGUUCUCGUAAUCGGGAAUUCCGCGUCAAUCCGAGCAUUCCCGAUGAUCUUCAAUCUGUUCGAUGGGCGGUACGAAGAGAUCAGAUUGUUUGCGAAGCACGGAGGGGCUCCGCUUCUGAAUGUUUGGCAGUACUACACGGAUGCAGCAAAGGAAAUGGCCGAGGAAAUGCGACCGGAUGCAUUGUGGAUCAUCCAGGGAGUACAGUAAGUGACUAAAAGGCCGUUUUCGACUUCAGAUGCAUUUCAGCGAAAUUCUGCAUCCCGAUGUGCAUCCUGGGAAGACAUUGAUGAACUUCGACCCGAGCCAUCUCGACGUGGUGGUGACGAAGCAAAUGAACGAAUUCAAGAUGCUGGCAGGGCUUGUGUUCGUGGAUCUUCCCUAUUUUAUCGCCAAAGACUUCCCGGCCAAGCUGAUUGCACGCAGUCUGAUAUACCGGAAGGACAUCGAGGAGAAACUGUCGGUGAGUUUGGAAGAAGUCGAAGAGCAAAUAGGCGAACAGAGGGAGAGAAUCAGGAGUCAGAACUGCUCCAACUGCUACUUCAAUGAUAUUCAGAAGGUGGGAAAGAAUUGACGAUGUUGCAUAAAAUCAAGAGAGAAUUCAGGCUUUGACGAACGGAGAGAAGCGAUAUUAUCUGUACGAGAGAAGUACGUUCAAAGUUUUGAACUACGACGGAGGACACUUGUCACUGACUGCCUACGAACACAUUCGGCCUAUUUAUCAGAGCAGAAUCGAUCAGCUCCUUGAUUUCAUCGCGAAGAGUACAUGA